CUAAAUUUGCGAAUAUCGCACGUUCAACGUCAAGCCAACUUUAUGGCAGUGUGUGGUAAACCAGGGAAUGUGUAGCUAGCUUGAGGAGUUACCAGCGUUAAUAUCCUCGACCUUCGGGUGCUUGGUUUAGGCAAGGAGCCUUUUCUACCCAAUUCUUGCUUAUAAUUGAAAAUGUCCGUGUUCUCGGAGCCUGCUUUGGAGAAGAAAUUAUCAGAACUGAGUAACUCCCAGCAGAGCGUGCAGACCCUUUCACUGUGGCUCAUCCACCACAGAAAACACUCCAAAACCAUCGUCAAAGUCUGGUAUAACGAGCUGAAGAAAGCCCAAGUGUCCCGUAAGCUGACUUUCCUGUAUCUUGCAAAUGAUGUCAUACAGAAUAGCAAGAGGAAAGGACCAGAGUUCACACAAGAUUUUUCCCCAGUCAUUGUUGAUGCUUUCAAACAUGUCUCCAGUGAAGGAGACGAGAGCUGUAAGAAACAGUUAGGUAGAGUUUUAUCCAUCUGGCAGGAAAGAGCCGUCUAUGAGAAUGACAUACUGGACAAACUCUCUGAUGUCCUGCAGGUAGAAAAGAAGGCCAAGAAAAGGCCUUAUGAAGAGAUUAAGGUGAAUGAUGAUGACUUUGCCUCCCAAAGCUCCCCUGCUGAACCUCCACAGACAGCAGAUCUGAUCCGAGCACUACAGGAGCUUGAGAACGCAGCCUCCAGUGACGCAGCUCUCCGCCAGAGGAUCUCUACUCUACCCCCAGAGGUGCAGGACACCUCCCUAUUGCACAAAGUUACAGAUAAAGAGUCAGGGGAGCGUCUUUCUCGGUUGGUGGAAGAGGCCUGCAUGCUUCUAGCUGACUACAGCGGACGGCUGGCGGCAGAGAUUGAUGACCGGCGGCAGCUCACACGCACGCUUGCCGUCUUUUUGCAGAGUCAGAGAGACGGCUUGGCCCAGAACGAGCAGAAACUAGAAGAAUACAAGCGCAAAUUGGCCCGGGUGUCCCAGGUACGGAAGGAGCUGCGAUCUCGUCUCAGCAGUCUCCCAGACCUCUCUAGGCUCCCUAAUGUUACAGGUGGCCACGUUCGCCUGCCCUCCUCCGGCGAUCUUUAUAGCCCCUCUGAUUGUAUGUCCUCAGUUGAGAUGAGGGAUAGUAAACACUGUCAUGAUAACAGCCGUGCCCUGGAGGACCGAGAGCGUGAAAAAAAGCUUGCCAAGAAACGCCUAUACAUUGUUUCAGUAGUGUGUCUGGUCUUCAUGGUGGGCGAGAUCUUAGGUGGGUAUUUUGCUGGGAGUCUGGCAGUGAUGACAGAUGCCGCACACCUGCUUGUGGACCUCACCAGCUUCAUCAUCAGUUUGUGCUCACUGUGGCUGUCAUCCAGGCCUGCUACACGCACUCUCAAUUAUGGCUGGCAUCGAGCAGAAAUCUUGGGUGCUCUGCUAUCUGUCUUCACCAUUUGGCUGGUGACUGGUGUGCUGGUGUAUCUGGCAGUGGACCGGCUCAUUCAAGAUGACUUCACUAUUGAGGGCACAGUCAUGCUCAUUACCUCUGGCUGUGCUGUACUGGCCAACAUUAUAAUGGCCUUCACUCUGCAUCAGUCAGGUCAUGGCCAUAGUCACGGCGGUCUGAGCGGUGGCCACAGCCACAGUCAUGACAAUGGGAAGAAAAACGGCCACAGCAAAUCUAACGCUAAUCAUUAUGAUGUCGAGAAGCAUGGAUCUGGUAAAAGACAACAAGCUAAUGCUAGCGUCAGGGCAGCAUUUGUCCAUGUGAUUGGAGACCUUCUACAGAGUGUCAGUGUGCUUGUCAGUGCCCUCAUCAUCUUUUUUAAGCCCGAAUAUAAAAUUGCAGAUCCCAUCUGCACCUUUCUGUUUUCUCUGUUUGUCCUGGGAACCACAGUCACCAUCAUGAGGGACAUUAUUAUUGUCUUAAUGGAAGGUACGCCGGCUGGUGUGAACUAUAAUGAGGUGAGGGAACAACUGCUCAGAGUAAAGGGUGUCAAAGCUGUGCACAACCUUCACAUCUGGGCCUUGACAAUGAACCAGGCUGUGCUCUCUGCUCAUGUGGCUAUAGAUGAUACCGUAGAGCCACAGGAGGUGUUGAGAGAAAUGACCCAGACCUGUUUCACCUCAUACAAUUUCCAUUCAGUUACCAUUCAACUGGAACAUCAGGCGGACCAAAGAGCUGACUGUAGCCUCUGUGAAGACCCCACAAAGUGAAACACCCAGAGACUUUUAUAUUAAAGAGUGGCCCUGGUCCAAAGGGAUAAAAGAUAAUAACUCCACAAGUUUAAUUUUCAAAAUAAGGUCUUUUUGGAUUUCAGACACCUCUGUUCUUGUGUGUUUUUUCACUAAUUUGGAUUUAAAGGGAUGGUCACCCAAAAAUGAAAAUUCUGCCAUUAUUUUCUGACCUUUAUGAUGUUCCAACCCUUUAUUGCCUUUUUUAUUAUUCAUGAAAGUUGUUUGGACCCCAUUGUUCUUCUUUUGUGUUCUGUAAAAGAAAGUAAGUCAUACAAAACGGCAUGAAGGUGAGUUUAAAUACCUGAAUUUUUAUUUUGGGCGAACUAUCCCUUUAAGAAGAAUUUGUUAUAUUCUUAUAUAAAAAAUAACUUGUUGAAAUGUGCCAAAUCUAAUUCACUGAGCCAGAUAAGAAGGUACUUUAGCAAUGAAAUUAAAUUUGAAUAGUCAUGCAAUAACAUUAGUUGUUCUGUCGAUUUACUUUUUUUUAUUAAUAUGUUUAUUUUUUGUGAUCAGCAAAUAGGACUACUGUGCUGGUGUAAUGUACAAUAAAAUUAUUUUCAUCUUAUUGUUGA